GAAUCACUCCAGAAAUAUAUCAUAACCAAGAAGGAGAGAAUCUUUAUCCCUCAAAAACAGAAGAUUUGCCCCAAAAUUUCACACAGCUACUACUUCUACAAAAAUCUUGCCCAAGAGGCUGGGAGACUUUGGACAGAAAAAGCUGGCAUCAAUGUGUAGCAGAGAAGAGAGGACAUCUGAUUAAGGCCAAAGACUUAUUUCUCCCAAGCACAGGUACCCAGGAGGAGCCUCACCUAGUUAUAUUAGAGGGGGCUGCUGGGAUUGGGAAGUCAACGCUGGCCAGGCAGGUGAGGAGAGCAUGGGAGGAAGGCCAGCUCUACAGGGAUCACUUCCAGCAUGUCUUCUACUUCAGCUGCAGAGAACUGGCCCAGUACAAACAGCUGAGUCUUGCUGAGAUCAUAGCAAAAGACCAGGCUGUGUCUGAGGCUCCCAUCAGGCAGAUCCUGUCUCACCCUGAGAAGUUGCUCUUCAUCCUGGAUGGCAUAGAUGAGCCAGCAUGGGUCUUGGAGGAGCAGAAUCCUGAGCUCUGUCUGCACUGGAGCCAACAACAGCCAGUGAACACACUUUUGGGCAGUUUGCUGAGGAAAUCCAUCCUGCCUAGGGCUUCCUUGCUGCUCACAGCUCGGACAACAGUUCUGAAGAAGCUCAUUCCUUCCUUGGGGCAGCCACGUUGGGUGGAAGUCCUGGGUUUCUCUGAGUCAGGACGGAAGGAAUACUUCAACAAAUAUUUUGCAAAGAAAAAAGAAUCAAUUGCAGCUUUUAGCUUCAUUGAAUCAAACCCAGUGCUCUCAACACUAUGUUUUGUGCCCUGGGUGUCCUGGCUGGUCUGCACUUGCCUGAAGCAGCAGAUGGAACAAGGUGGAGACCUCACAAUGACUGCUCAGACCACCACAGCUCUCUGCCUGAAAUAUCUUUCCCAGACUCUCCCAUCCAAGCACCAGGGAAAUGAGCUCACAGGGCUCUGCUCACUGGCUGCUGAGGGGAUCUGCCAAAGAAGGACCCUGUUCAGUGAGAGAGAUCUCCAGGAUCAAGGGUUAUCUGAGGAUGUCAUUGCCACUUUCCUGAAGAUUGGUGUCCUUCAAAAGCAGCCCAGUUCUCUGAGCUACAGUUUUGCCCACUUGUGUCUCCAGGAGUUCUUUGCAGCAAUGUCCUACAUCUUAGGAGGUAGUGAAAGACAUGAUGAUAUGGAAAACUACAGAAUUGUGGAAACACUUAUAGAAGUGUAUGGAAGACAAGAUCUGUUUGAAGCACCCACCAUACGCUUCCUAUUUGGCAUUUUAAGUGAACGGGGGAUGAAAGAGAUAAGGAAGAUCUUCACAGGCCCCUUGAUUCUGCACACACCAUGGGACCUGCUGGGGAAAUCCAGGGCGUUGCUCCAGCAUCAGCAGCUGUAUUCUCUGGGGUUGUUUCAUUGUCUGUACGAGAUUCAAAAUGAGGAGCUCCUGACACAAGUGAUGCAUGAUCUUCAAGAAAUGAGGGACAAUACCCUGACAGAUAUGAUGCACCCAUUGUUCCAGACAAAUGUGAAGCACCUGGUAGUCCAGACAGAUGUGGAGCUCAUGGUGGUCACUUUCUGCAUUAAGUUCUGCCAUUAUGUGAAGAGGCUUCAGUUGAAUGGGGCUAUAAAGCAAGGACAAACACUGAUGGCCCCUAGGAUGGUUCUGUACAGGUGGACCCCAAUAACUAAUGCCAGUUGGAAGAUUCUCUUCUCUACUCUUGAGUUCACAGGAAGCCUGGAGGAGCUGGACCUAAGUGGAAAUACACUGAGCUACUUUGCACUGUGGAAUCUUUGUAAGACCCUGAAAUGCCCUGGAUGUCACCUAAAGACAUUGUGGCUUAUCAGCUGCGGCCUCACAUCCAGCCACUGUGUGGACCUGGCUUCAGUGCUCAAGGCCAGUUCCAGCCUGACUGAGCUAGACCUGCAGCUGAAUGACCUGGGUGACCAAGGUGUGAGGCUGCUGUGUGAGGCGCUCAGGAAUCCUGCCUGCAACCUCAGAAUCCUGCGAAUGGACCAGGCUCCUCUCAGUGCCCAGGUGAUGAUGGAGCUCAGGACUGUGGAGGCAGAGAAUUCACAGCUGCACAUCUCCAGCACAUGGAAGCCACGUGUAAUGGACCCUACUAAGAACCCAGAUGGAGAAGAAAUGGAUGAUUACCAGAACUCAUGUAAGCGGCAGAGACUACAGUCAGGUAUAGACAAGCACCUGGAAUCACUGGGGACUGAAGAUGACUUCUGGGGACCUACAGGACCUGUGGCUACAGAGGUGGUUGACAGAAAGAGGAGCCUGUACCGAGUUCAGUUCCCUGUGCCUGGUUCCUACCACUGUCCCAACACAGGACUCCACUUUGUGGUGACAAGGGCAGUGACCAUCGAGAUUCGAUUCUGUGCCUGGACCCAAUACCUGGACAAGACUCCCUUAGAGCAUAGUCACAUGGUAGCUGGGCCUCUGUUUGACAUCAAGGCUGAGCAGGGAGCUGUGGCUGCUGUGCACCUCCCUCAUUUUGUGGCUCUCCAAGAGGGACAUGUGGACAUCUCCCGGUUCCGUGUGGCCCACUUUCAAGAACAUGGGAUGGUCCUAGAAACUCCAACAAGGAUGGAACAGCAUUAUGCAGUGCUGGAAAACCCAAGCUUCUCCCCAGUGGGAGUUCUAAUGAAUAUGACUCCUGCUCUUGGACACUCCAUCCCCAUCACUUCCAUCACAUUGAUCUACUAUCACCUCAAUCUCAAGGAAGUGACAUUUCACCUUUAUCUGGUCCCUAAUGACUGCACCAUUCGGAAGGCCAUUGAUGAUGAAGAAAUGAAAUUCCAAUUUGCUCGAAUAAACAAGCCACCCCCAGUAGAAUCUCUUUAUAUUGGUUCCCGCUACAUCAUAUCUGGUCCCAGGAACCUGGAAAUCUUCCCAAAGGAACUAGAGCUGUGCUACAGAAGCCCCGGGGAAUUGCAGCUCUUCUCUGAGAUCUAUGUUGAUCACAUGGUUUCAGGGAUUACGCUCCAUAUCAAAGACAAGAAGCACAAGAAUAUCAUAUGGAAAGCCUUGCUGAAACCAGGGGACCUCAGGCCUGCACGGCCCAUGACUGAUGAAGCCAACAAAGAUGCUGUUACCUUGCUGCAUUUCCUGGACCAGCAUCGGGAGCAGCUGGUGGCCCGAGUGACAUCAGUGGACCCUGUCUUGGACAAGCUGCAUGGUGCUGUUCUGAGUGAAGAGGAGUAUGAGGCAGUGCGGGCUGAAGCCACCAACCAAGGCAAGAUGAGGAAGCUCUUCAUCCUCAGUCGGUCCUGGACCAGGGCCUACAAAGACCGAGUCUACCGAGCUCUGAAGGAGACCCAUCCUCACCUGAUAGUGGAACUCCUUGAGAAGUCAAGUGGCAUUUCUGUGGGAUCUUGACAUCUUAGUGUUUGAGGCAUGAGCACUUUAUUUUGAGUGCUGGCUCUACCUGACCUUCCUUUGGCCCUCAGAUUCUCUGUCUAUAAACCAGUGGACAUCUGAGUUGCAUUUCUGAUGAUACUGUUUCCAGGACACCUCUUGAGGACCCAGAUGUUCCCCUCUUGGCCUUCCCCAGCCAGAUGUUCAUGUGGGAUGAACUUCCAGUGGAAACAAGAAGUCUAUUCAGGCCUUGUCCAGCCUGCUCUUACGGCAAGAGUGGCCCGGCUUGUGCCCACCUGACCCACCAUGAUACAAGCAACUAGGAAGCAUGGGAAUGGAGACAGUG